AUGUCGGUCGAUCUCGAGUACAGCGGGCACGUAGCCAUAAUCACCAUCAACAAUCCCAAACAGCUGGGUGCAUUGACCCGUGACAUGAUGGCACAGCUGGGCCACCAUAUGCGCGAAGCUGCAGAAAACAAAGACGUGUACAUCACGCUUUUGUCGGGGAAAGGUCGUUUCUUCUCGUCUGGAGCCGAUAUUCACGAAGAUCGAGAGCCCUCUGCAAACGAAGAUCGGCGGCGUCAUUAUGUCCAGCACUUCGCAGGUCUGCUCGAUAUUGCUCAAACCUUCUACACUCACAGCAACAUCUUGGUAACUGCAUUGAACGGCCCGGUCGUUGGUCUCACAUCAGCGCUGGUCUCACAUUCGGACUUUAUCUAUGCAGCACCUCACACGUAUCUCAUGGCGCCUUUCAACUCCAUCGGCAUCGUUGUCGAAGGCGCUGCGACACGAUCCAUGGUCAAUCGAAUGGGAGCUGGCUUGGCCAAGGAGGCUUUACUGAUGGCCAGGAAGAUCACGAUUGAGCAGCUCCUCGCAAGUGGUUUCGCCAACGGAACAUUCGAGAUUGAUGCUUCCGGAAAGGAUGAUGAGAAGUUCAAGAAUAUCGUACUAAAGCAGAUCUGCGAAGAGAGGUUGGGCAACCAUCUCAGCUCCUGGAGCAUGCUGAGGACUAAAAAGGUCAUGUCGAGAGUGGACGAGAUUGCGUAUGAUGCGCAAGUUGUUCGUGAGUUGGUUGGGGGUGUUGAGGCCUUUGAGCGCGGAUAUCCCCAAGAGCAAUUCAAGAAAUUGCAGAGAGGAGAGAAGAAGCACAAAUUGUAG